CCAGGAGGAAGCCCCAGCAACUCUGACCAAGACAAUCGGCCUGCGAAGAUGCAGCUCCUCUUGCUCCUCUUAGCCUGCAUUCUGGUUCCUAAGGCAGAGACAGGGAAGAUCAUCGGGGGACAAGAGGUGAAGCCCCACUCCCGGCCCUACAUGGCCUAUAUUCAGUACUCAAAACAGCACAAAGAGAUCUGUGGUGGUUUCCUGAUCAAAGAAGACUUUGUUCUGACUGCUGCUCACUGUUUUGGAUGCUUCAUGAAUGUCACCCUGGGCGCCCACAACAUCAAUCAGACGGAAAAGACCCAGCAGUUCAUCCCUGUGAGAAGAGCCAUCCGCCACCCAGCCUAUAAUGAUACAAUAUUAUUGAAUGACAUCAUGCUGCUACAGUUAGAGAAAAAAGCCAGAUUGACGAAAACUGUAAGCAUACUCCGGUUACCUAAAGAGAACAGCCAGGUAAUGCCAGGAAAGACAUGCCGUGUUGCCGGCUGGGGCAAGCGCUCGCUGAAUGACAGACCAUCACCAACACUGUAUGAAGUAAACCUGACUGUACAGAAGGAUCAGAUGUGUGAGUCCCGCUACCCCAAAUACUACAAUAACACCUCUGAGAUAUGUGUGGGAGACCCGAAGAAAACGGCUUCUUCCUUUCAGGGAGACUCUGGAGGCCCGCUCGUGUGUGACAACGUGGCUCAGGGCAUUGUCUCCUAUGGAAACGAUAAUGGGACUCCUCCACGGGUCUUCACCAAAAUCUCGCAUUUCCUGAAAUGGAUAAAGAAGACCAUAAAGAGCCUCCAAAUGAAGAAAUCAUACUGA